AUGAACUUCGGCGCUGUGGUGGUGGCCGCUGGACUGUCCGGCUUGCUCAGCUUCGCCUUCCUCGCCGUGGCCAUUGGCAGCGAGUACUGGUACAUCAUAGACGUGGACAAAGCGAGCAACUCAACUUGGCAAUUCAAGAGUUCCCACUCAGGGCUGUGGAGGACCUACGAAGAAAAGAAUGGGAGCUAUCAUGACAUCUCCAUCUAUAUGAAUAUGACGGAGGCCACUGAGCAAGACAAGCACCUCUCAAAUCUGCACAGAGCCAUCGUCAUCUUGCUUCCGGUAAGCCUGGUUUUGCUGGUGUUUGGAGGCAUCUUUGGGCUAGUGGCCUCCCUGGCACGGAGUUACACUCUCCUCACUGGCGAGGCUGUGUACUUCCUCGUCUGCAGCUUUUUCACACUCUCUGGAGUGUGCAUCUACGUCAGCUACUCUGAGCAGGCUCUGGAUUUGCUGCAGUGGGAGAUGGGUACCGAGCUGCCGGCCCAUGUGCACGUGUCCUUUGGCUGGUCCCUGGUCAUGGCCUGCCUCUCCUACAGCCUGGAGUUGGCCUCCAGCUUUCUGCUCCUGCUGGCUGCUCGACUUGCCUACUGCCAGCGCCACCAUGAGUCCACCGUGGCGCUCUCCAUGGCCUAG